AUGAUGGAGAGAGGGUUUGCAUGUCUUGUUGAGAUCACUGCUGCUCUCAGCGUGCUAGGACUCACAUUUCAAGUCCAAGGAGGUGCUAUGAUCGGUGAGGGGAAUUCAAUAUUCUGUACUCUAAGUUUUGCGUGAUGAUGAUCAACUGUUAUGGCGUCAAGACGAGAGGCAAUUAAUGACUUCUGAUUUGUAUCUUUUCGUUAAAUGAAUCGACGUUGAGCUGGUCUCCAAUACCGGUGAUGAAGUUUGCAGAAUUUUUUUAUUAAUUCAACACGGUCGUAAUCAAACCGGCAGGAAGGCAAUUCAUGACUAUAAACUAGAAUAAAAAAAAUGACUGCUGUAUAUAUCAUUAUCAAGUCACUUGAACAGUUGUUGAAGUCUCUGAAGCCAGCAAAGUCCACCAACUGUCGACCCUGUCGAGAUACCUAAACUAUAGUACCAAAUAUAUACAACACAGUUUUGUUUAUACUUGUUUAAGGAGAAUCAUAUCAUAUAUAGAGUUUUAAUUUUUUUGAAAAAGUAUUUUUCCUUCAAGGUCAGACGCGUAUUUGUGGCUGUUCCCAGUAGACAUUUCAUGCGACAUCAAAAUAUGAGUUUAACUUUUAGAAGAUCGAGCAGAAGCGCGUUCAGAAAUAACGAAAGAGAUUUUGUUUCCCGAUUGAAAGAUAAUGUUUCAGUAAUCGCUUUCUUUCAUAUUAAUCACUGAAACGUGGGAUAAUUUCUUUUUCUCUCAAGAUCGGACGCUCCCUUACGGCUGUUCCCGGUAUACAUUUUAUGCUGAUACUCAACAGGAGUCAGUCAAUUUUUAUAAGAGCAGAGCCGCCUGCAAAGUUAAUGGAAGUGACCUUGUUUCUAUUGAAAGUAACGAGGAGUGGAACUUUCUGAAUGACACUAUAAACAACUUUCAACAGAGUGAUGGAACUGAAUACUUCAUUGGUUUAACGAAAGACAAAGACGGACUCUGGAGGUGGAUAAGUAAUAACAGCACAGUGAAUGAAUCCUAUUGGGCACCAAACCAACCCGUCAAAGAUAAGAGUAAUAUAAGGUGUGCUGUAAUGUACAAGGAUUUUAACAAGAACUAUGGUUUGUUUGAUGAUUUGCCUUGUACAGAGAAAAGGCAUGGGUAUAUAUGUGAAAGUGAGUAUCAUGUGUGUUGAAUAUAAUUGCUAACGAACUAAGGUAUGGCUCAGAAACAAUACUCUGUGUCUUUACAGUGUUGUUAUACAGUUGGCGCAUUUCCUAUACGAAAACUUUAUUGUAUAAUAGAAGAAACAGUUAUUUCUUUGUAUUUUAUUAUCAAUUUGGUGUAAAAGUAUUUUGCCACGAUGACUUUGAGUUUAUCAACUUUAAUGUAAUUCUUAUUGUUCCUAAAUAACUUUUUCUAGUCAUGUCAAUACUUUAAUUUGUACUUUGAGUUUUAUUCUGUAUAAAGAAAUCAUUACUUUGAAUUCCGUUGUUUGAGGUAAUAAUUACUAGCAAAAACUUUCUCCUUCGUAAUAUUGCGGUGCAUUCUCUUCUGAAUUGUUAUUAUGUCCAGGUCAUUCAUUGCUCACAACCUCAAGGCGGGUGGCUUGACUCGUCUAACAGUGCACUUUCCUUGCAGAGCCAACAUGUAAGCCAACAACGCCAAAGGAAAGCGACACACCAACAUCUGGUACAGGGCCACAUUCUGUACCCCUUUCACAAAGUCGAUCUACAAAGGACGGUUCAAAGGCAAUUGCCACGACAAGUACGUGCAAUUUACUUUAACAUGUCUUAAUUCAUGUUUACCAUAUGAAGUACUACUAUUAACCGAAGUCUUUAAGGACAUUGUUUUACGUGCCUUUCUGGAGACAUUCAUCACGAGUAUGAAUGUCAGUAGACGUUUACAGGGCGAAGUCAGUCAGUCAAUUUUCGCCAAGAAUUACAUUGCUGCGAUUCUGAGGAAAACGCUGGAAACGUACACUGAGUUGGAUCAAGUUGCCUUUGUUGUGUAACCUGCAAAGGUGAAACAGAAUUUAGAAGAAAUUCUUGUUCAGUUUGGCUUAACAUUCAGAUGGAUGGGGUGAUUUAGAGGUUUCUAGUUCAAAGAAUUUUUACUUUUCGUUGUCCUUUUUUUUUUUCAGCGGCAGUUCCUGAGGAAGUCAUCGAUGAGUCUCCCAAUAUCACUGUAAUCAUCUUAAUUCUCCUAGCUGUUAUCAUACUGGCUCUUUUGAUUGUCUUUUUCAUCAUCUUUUAUCAUCGACGUCGCAGAAACAAAACUAAAGGUACUUUUUGUUUUUUUGUUCGUAGCACUUUGUUCAUUCAUUCUAGAACGACUUAAUGUCACCGCAACCAAACUAUACUUGUUUCCAAAAAAAUAUGACAUAAAAUUAAACUGAAUAGUUUUUUUUAAUUAUGUCACGUAGCCAUGGUGCUGCGUCGAUGGUGGAAGGAACACAAGACAUUGGGACUGAGUUCAUAAGAAGGGUAAAUUGACACAAGAUUAAUUUUUAAUGACUCUGUUAAUAAAAAAACACAGUCCUUUUGUUUAAGCAAAAUGCCAGUUUUAGUAUUCUCCUUUCUAAAUUCAGGACAUUUAUAUACUUACAGCAUACACAGUUGUUGUUGUUCCUUUUUUAACGAUAUCCUCUUCUUUUACACUUCUUUAAGUUCCGUCUCAAUCAGGAAAACAGCCCAGUAACCGGAAAAAUUACCUGCAUAGGUCCACCAAACUUACAGUUCAUUUUAGCAUGUCACAAGUGCAUGAAGAAAAUAUUACCAUUAAGACUGUUGGAGAAAACGACGAAGAGAACGCCUAUGCAGUUGUAGUUGAAAGUAAGCGAAAAUCCAAUUGUAACCAGGAAGGCCCAUCCAGCUCCGAAGGAGAAGUGGUGGAAUCGCUCCCAAACGAUGAUCACAUCGCAGCACACCAAUCAGCAUUGAAGCAGAAUAAGGAGAGGUGUGAUAAAGGCGACGAUGAAGAAGAGAAAAGGGGCCACGUUUACGCCAACGUGCAUGUUAAAGAAAGUAAAGCUGCCAUGUUUUGUAAAACAACAGCUUCUCGGGAUGAGAGCCUGCAAGUUACUUGCACAGAAGACGGUUCGACUGAAGGGAAGGAUCCUGGGGAGAAUAUGAAUCCUUCAUCUUUGGAACAAGGAUAG